AUGGAUUUAUGGCAUGCUAUGCCUAACAUAGAAAAGAAAAUAGAGCCUCUUGUUUCAGGAACAUGUGAGCCUACUAAUUAUGCUCAAGCUGCUUUUGAUCCCCAUUGGCAACUUGCCAUGAAAGCCGAGUUGGAUGCAUUGAAACUCAAUCGUACUUGGACACUUGUUCCUUUACCGCCUGGUCACAAAUCCAUUGACUGUAAAUGGAUGCCCCCUCUGAACAAAGUUUAUGACUCCACCACCACUGAGAAGAUACUAGCACAAAAACAGAACUGCCGACACCACCGCUGA